AUGGGGAUUUCUGAUUAUUCGCGUCGGCAUUUACUGAAAGCACUAGAUAAACUUUGUGAACGCCACAUAUCUAAGAUGUUUACCCAACCUGUGAAUCCAGAAACAGAUGGUUGCCCCAAUUAUUUUGAAGUCAUUAAAAAUCCAAUGGAUCUCGGAACAAUUCGUUCAAAACUUCUAGAAAACAAAUACGAGACUGUUGAAGAUUUCAAAGCAGACAUUUCUUUAGUUUGGGAUAAUAAUAUUAAAUAUAACAGCAAAAAAUCUUUAAUAGCACAUUUAGCAAAAGAAUUAUCUAAUGAAUUCGAAAAACUUACACAUUGGAUUACAGGAAAUGAUGAAGCUGAUUGGUUAAAUAAAUAUCAUGAAAUAUUAUUAGAAAAUGCGCAGACUAAAUACAAAGUGGAGCCAGCUCCUGUUGAAAAGAAGCCUCCUCCUCCGCCUCAACCACCUACUGUCCAGCCAGAACCUGCUCCUACCGCUCAAACAACUCAACCUGAACAACCACCAAAAAUACACAGACCUAGAGGACGCCCCUCAAAGAAAAUGCUAGCGGAACUUGAAGCACAGAGGCAGGCAAUGCUUCAACAAGAACAAGCAAAUGCUGAAAAGGAAUCUGAGCAUUCACGCGAAAUUAAACUUGCUGUACCAAAAGAGAAACAUUUAACAAACGAUCAGAAGGCUAAACUUGCCAACGACUUAUCCAGUCUAUCUAACCCUGCUCAUAUUGAGCAAGCUUGUCUUUUAAUUCGACAUCAGGAGCCAAAUUAUUUUGUUGAUGGCGUUGUUGAUUGCGAUAUUCAAGAUUUUCAAGAUUCUACAUGUCUUAGACUCAAAAAACUUGUUGAUGUGCUUUCAAAAGAAAAGCAUAAAUAA